AUGGAGUCCAGGUUCCACUUUCAGAUAUCAGGAAGUCAGGGUUUGAACCUGUUGGCUCUCAAUUGCAAGGUGCAAGAGGUUCCACGGCGUGAUUAUAGACGGAAAGAAUUACUAGUUGCCGGACCUAUUAUUCAUAUUUCACCAUCCCAACCAGUUCAGCUUUUAGCGCCUGCAAGGCUCACAAUCCCCGUUACACUUCGGGGAGACACACCGAAAUUUCCAGAUUAUUCAGCCACUGACGUCAGGAUAUUCUGCCGAAGCUCAGAAGAAGAUGAAACAGAAUGGAAUGAAAUAACAGAGCAGUUGGAAAGCUUAGCGGUUCUUGCAAAUGGGACAGUGACGUUUACAGUUAAUCACUUUUCAGAGUACUGGCCUUGGAUUGACUGGAUAAAACAACCCGUUGUUAUCCUCAAGGAUUUUGUCCUUGAUCUCUACAAAAAACUCAUGGUAAAAGAAGCUGGAUUUUUAGCUCGUGUAUGUGAUGCAUUCAAACCUGGCAACUACUCGCUGACUCUUUGCUGCUUCCCAAUCCAUCUUAAAGGUCAAGUACAUACUGAGGUCGCGCCGGAAUUCAGCACAACUUUUCCCUCACCGCAAGCACCUGAAGUAACAGAUCCAAGUAUUCGCUCAAGCGAAGUUUUGAGAGUCGCAAUCUUGGGAGACGAGUGGAAUUCACUGAAAGGUGGAUUGUCGACUUUCAACAGGGAACUUGCCAUUCAUUUAAAAAGACAGCCCCAAGUUCAAGUCAAUUUCCUUACCCCUAGGUUUGCAUGUGGAGAGGAAGAAAAAACAGAAGCUGGAAAACAUGGCGUCACUAUUGUCGAGGCAAAGCAACUUGAGGCAUGCAGUCCCCAAGAAGAAUUAUUUUGUCCACCGAAAGACCUUGAAAUUGAUGUUGUAAUUGGUCAUGGUGUGAAGCUUGGUCGACAAGCUCAGAUUAUUAUGGAAUCUCAUGACUGCAAGUGGGUCCAAGUGGUGCACACUGCUCAAGAAAAACUCGGUAUGUACAAGGACUAUCCGAAAGCUGUUGAACAAGGUGAGAAAAAGAACGAGCAUGAGGUUAGUCUCUGUAAAAUGGCUGACCUUGUCAUGCCAGUUGGGCCCGAAUUGAAAGGUAUCUACUCUAAUCAUCUACGCUCUUUUGACAAAGAGCAAGAUGUUGUAGAAUUUACACCGGGAAUCAUGGAAAAUCUAACCGAUGUAAAGCAGUCGCCAAACGAGAAUGACGUGUUUCAGGUCCUGAUGUUUGGGCGUGGUGAUGACGAGGACUUCACACUGAAAGGCUACGAUAUUGCUGCUGCGGCAUUUGCUAGUCGUGAUCUGAAAAACGAUUCCUAUCAUCUCACAUUUGUUGGAGCGGCCCCAGGAAAGCAAGACGAAGUUGCAGCGAAGAUUCUCAAGCGUGGCAUUUCUGAAAACCAACUGUCUGUCAAACAAUAUGUCAAGGAUAGAAAUCAAUUAAAACAGCUGUUUCGUCGUAUGGAUCUGGUUAUCAUGCCCUCAAGAACAGAAGGAUUUGGACUCACUGCCCUUGAGGCCUUAUCCGCUGGUUUGCCUGUUCUUGCUGGCUGUGACUCAGGCUUUUCAAAAGCUUUGAAGAAGGUAAGAUUUGGGGAACUCUGUGUAGUUAACUCCGAUAAACCAGAGGACUGGUCAGAGGCGAUCAAGAAUGUCCGUCAAAAGGAGAGAGGAAAGCGGCUAGAAGAGAUGCAAAGUGUGCGGGAAUCCUAUGAACAGGAGUACAAUUGGGCAAAUCAAUGCGAGAUUCUCGUAAGGGAGAUGAGAAGGAAAAUUUUUGAGUAGAACGUCAAAACAUGGAUAAUAAACCUAUCAAGACACGCUGAUGAUUCAAGUCAGAAUUUUUUAUUACUGAAGAAAUGAACGUCUUUUAAUUUUUAUUUCAUUGCAUUAGCAAGGAAAAAGUUAACCUUAAUUGGACUUUGUUAAUUAACCAUUCUAGAUGUAAAUGUAUUAGUUUUGAUAAAAAUUUCGUCAUCGUGGAAUUUAAUAGUCAGAAAUUUCAUAGUCAUUUGUUUCAAGAGGCAUGUUACUCCUAAACAUAUGAUGAUGAUAUUAUUUCCCUUCCCGUCUUUUUUUUUUGGUUUUUUUUGACGUUAAAGCUGUGCGAUUUAAUCCUCUUUGAGCUAGAAAGCUUUUCUCCACGGACCGGAAUUAUUCUUGAUGUGGAUCCGUGACACCUGUGUGGAGAAUUAUUACUCAAAACGCGAAGAUGUAAGAUAAUGUUCGAGUGGUGGAGCAAUUUACAGAUGAGUGUCGAGAGUUAACAGGUGUCUCUCUCCUUUCCCUUCACCGUGCUCUUUGAUUGGCGUAGACGUCCCACGUCAACUAAUUCCAACCAAUCAGAUGCAAACCAAAAACAAUCGCGACUUGGUCAUUCACAUUUUCCUGCGCUUCAGGCUGUUUGCCUUUUUUUAUAUUUAUUUUUUUUACUUCGAGUUUACAACGGUUUCUUGAGAUAACUUUUUCCUUUGAGUGACGGCUAUGAUUACUUGGGUUUGGGUUUUACAACACCCAAACGAAAAGUGAUCCAAGAGUAAGAAGAAUUUUUUUACCACGGGAACUUUACAGUGAUUUGUUACUGUGAAAAUACGGGGCACUUUUGUAAAGUGUUCAACAGGCAACAGUCAGUCAGUCAGUAACUUUAUUAUCGUGUAAAAUCUUCUAGCUGACCGUAAGUGGUCUACUAAUCGGGGAUACUUAAAAUUUCACAAAAAUCUAAAAAUCACAACAAGAUAUUUAGUACAGGUGUUAACUAUAUAACGGGUGUAUAAAUAUAUAAUUUGGAUAUAUCAACAAAGUUGAAAUGGUAAAUUGGCCACCGUAAUGAUUA